UUCCCGUAUAAUCUCUCAGAGCAGCUGUGCUGUGAUUGCAUUGUGGAUUACAAAAUGACCAUUUUCCGCAAAACAGCUGCUGGCUGGAGCAAUAGCAUUUAAUAAUCACUGAGGAGGGUGAGGGAGGAGAGGAGGAGACAAAGGAGAAAGGGGUUUUGAAGCAAUUGGGUUUCUUGGAGCAUCUAAAGAUGAGCAAAAUGGCAGGCAAAGCGUGAACCUCAUUUCUGUAUUGCUCCUCCAAAUUAACAGGACUUCAAGGACUUGCUGCCUAAAGAUGGAGCUGCUGAAGGGAUUGCCAUGGCGCCGUGCUUUCCUGGCUGUCAUCCUGAACCUGCUGGCUCUCAGCCUCUCCACCACCGCCUUGCUCGGGAGCUACUGGUGCACUGGGACCCAGAAAGUGCCCAAGCCUUUGUGUGGGAAAAGCAAAGCUACCAAGUGCAUCGGUGUCCCCAUGCCGCCUGAUGCAGGUGCUAGCAAUGUUUCAUCCCAGGAUGUGGUGCACUACAGCUGGGAGACCGGAGAUGACCGCUUUGCCUUCAGAUACUUCCACACAGGGAUGUGGCUUUCCUGUGAAGAGAGCAUGGAAGGGCCAGAAGAGAAAUGCCGUAGCUUUAUUGAGCUCUCACCACCAGCAGAGAGAGGAAUCCUGUGGCUGUCUCUGGGGUCAGAGAUGCUGUACAUCAGCUUGCUGCUCAUCAGCUUCAUCCUCCUGAUGGUGGAAAUGCUGCAUACUGGCAAUCCUGUCUGUGGGUUGAAGCUCAACGCCUUUGCUGCUGUCUCCUCAGUGCUGUCAGGUCUCCUUGGGAUGGUAGCACACAUGAUGUACACUCAAGUCUUCCAGGCAACGGUUAAUCUGGGACCAGAGGACUGGAGACCGCACUCCUGGGACUACGGCUGGGCAUUCUACAUGGCCUGGGUCUCCUUCACCUGCUGCAUGGCCUCUGCUGUCACCACUCUCAACACCUACACCAAGACCGUGCUGGAAUUCAAAAGGAACCACAUCAAGGGCUACGACGGGUGCUUCAAGGAUCAGCCUCAGCACCACCAGUGCUUCAUACAGCAGCAGAUAAGCAGCUACUACGAGCCCCAAGACAAGCCCCUCCAUUCCGUCUCUGAGGGAGUCGACUUCUACUCUGAGCUGCAGCAGAAAGUGCUACAGCGGGAACCAGAGCUGGAGCUGGAUGAGGUCUUGGGACAGGCAGUCGGGGAGGAUCGCUGUUAG